CUAACGCAUCACUUUUUCUCGACGUCUGGACGAAAAAGAACUGCUGUUGGUUUCGCAAAACUUGACCAGCAUUCUGUAUACUGUAAUAUUUUUUCGUUCGUCACUCGGUCUCGCGUGAAACAAAGAGAAAUACAUACGGUGGCAAGGAUUUUCCCUUGGAUAGUGCUAAUAGCUUCGAAUCUGUAGCUUCCGACUAACUAGUGCAAUUUACAAAUAAGUGGCGCAUUCCUAAGGGUGAGAUAAGGAAGUCCAAAGUAGUGAGUCCCGUGUCUGUGUAUAUUCCGUGGGUGGAAGAAAAACCCGAGCUUAUUGUGCAACGUAAUUAGAAACGGAGGCUUCUGGCAGGUGAUUCCAGCAGGUUGGCAGCGAAAAUGUCCUACGCAUACCUUUUCAAAUACAUCAUCAUAGGCGACACUGGUGUUGGCAAAUCAUGCCUGUUGCUCCAGUUCACGGACAAACGGUUCCAGCCGGUUCAUGAUCUCACGAUCGGCGUAGAAUUCGGUGCCCGCAUGAUCACAAUCGAUGGCAAGCAGAUCAAGCUGCAAAUCUGGGACACUGCCGGGCAGGAAGCGUUCCGCUCAAUUACCCGCUCGUAUUACCGCGGUGCCGCCGGUGCCCUGCUGGUGUACGACAUUACCCGAAGGGAAACGUUUAAUCAUCUGACCACCUGGCUGGAGGAUGCCCGGCAGCACUCCAAUUCGAACAUGGUGAUCAUGCUGAUCGGAAAUAAAAGUGAUUUGGAUUCUCGUCGCGAGGUGAAGAAGGAAGAGGGCGAAGCCUUCGCAAGAGAGCACGGUCUAGUCUUCAUGGAAACUUCCGCACGUACGGCGGCGAACGUGGAGGAAGCAUUCAUCAACACCGCGAAGGAGAUCUACGAGAAGAUUCAGGAGGGUGUGUUCGACAUCAACAAUGAGGCAAACGGCAUCAAGAUUGGGCAGCAGCACUCACCAACCAACCCAUCCCUAGGUAGUGGAAACAAUCCCGGCGGACAGUCCAGCAGUGGUUGCUGUUAAACCGUGUUACCAAACCCUACAACCCAGUAUCAUCCACUUUUCUGUGUACGUUGAUCAAACGAUUCCUCUAGGAGUUGUACCUAGCGAUUAGCAAGCAUUUGCUACACCGGUGACUGGAUGGGAUCGGAAAAAAAAUGUGAAGAAAACUGAUAAGAGCAGAAAAAGCCACACGCAAGAACCGAAGGGAUAACACACGAGAGCGAAGGACUUUGUAUAGGGAAAACGAAAAAACUAAUCCAAAAAGUAACGAAACCGUGUGCUCCUAGCUAUACAAAUAAAAUCUAAUAAAUAAUAAAAAUAAUUCUGAUACUGAUGCAAUUUUGUAAAAUCAAAGUUGCAUUCGGAGCAUGCAAAGCGGGGCAUGAUUUUCGAAUGUUGUAAAAAUAUAAAAAUGAUUGUUUUAUUUUAAACUUCAGCCAGCAUUAGUUUGAAAGUAGCUAUUAUGAAAAGACCAGGAGCAGUGUGAGACCAGCUAGAGUUUUUGUUGAAUUAUAUUUUUGUUUCAUUUAUUUUAAGAAGAUAAUUAAAGACAAGCGGAUAUGGCUAUUUUUAGACACAUAAAUAGCAUGAAAGAAACUAAAAAAACUUUUAAAAUGCAUAAUUUACAUUAUCUCUACAAAAACAUCAACUACUAAAUUCUAUAGAUUUAGCUAAAAAUACAGAUCUUUGAAAACUUACUGGGUCCCUUUAUUAGAUUGGAGCUUUUUACCAAAUAGUCUUCGUUGGUUUUUAAAUCCAUAUGAAAUAAACAUUUAAAAAAAUCGUAAUUUAGCGACAUAGAAUACAUAUUGCUUGAUUUCACGAGCACUCUAUCAUCAUUAUUCGCAUCACACUUCACACCAGCAACAAUCUCGUGAAACACCAGAAUUGUAAGGUUCGUCUCAAACAUUCAUCGGGCAUGUAAUUCCAUACACCAGCAUGGAAUAUUUUUUAUCUUCCUAUUCGUUCUAUCUAGGUACGAACGUAACCAACCUGUAUCGAUGUGAUGUCUAUUUGUUUUUCGUUGUGAAGCCGAAAAAAAGAUAAUUCUUGGGAUUUGCUGCUUAUGGUUACUGAGAAAUAAAUGGCCCUUUCUUUUUCAAAAUAUACAUUGUACCGGACCUUAACCUUUGAAACGCGAGAGAAAUAAAUCGAGGCGAUGAUGGUGGCUUAUCUAGCGGGAAUAGUGUGGUUGUUGAUCGGAUUCGCACUCCGGAAUCAGUUGCAAUUUAAUAAAGCAUAACAAAUCCAUAAAAAUCUAUGACGAUUUAUGUUUCAGUUUGUGAUCAAUUUGAGGUAAAAUUAAAUAUAAACUAUGAAAUUAAUAACAAUUAAUAGUAAAUGGA